CACUUGCCACGGAAGCGGAAGUAUAGGAAGCCGGAAGCUUAGUGUGUUGAAUUGGCGGCACGUUGUUUCGCUCAUUUUUUUUCUGUGCAUCGGGGUUUGUCUGGAGUUGAGCGAUCCGAGUGGUGGAAGAGACGCAAGAGCCUUUAUUGCUGCGGAUUUACUGAAGGAAGCUGUGUUGCCAUGUCUCUGACUUGCUUUAUCAGUAAUGAGGUCACAGAUCGCCCUUGCGUUUCACCUGUAUCGGGUCAUGUAUUUGAUCGAAGGCUCAUUGAAAAGUACUUGGCUGAAAAUGGCACAGAUCCAGUCUCAAAUCAGCCGUUGAGUGAAGAUCAGUUGAUUGAUAUCAAAGUUGCUCACCCAGUUCGUCCAAAACCACCCUCUGCAACAAGUAUUCCAGCAAUUCUGAAGUCUUUGCAAGAUGAAUGGGAUGCAGUUAUGCUUCACAGCUUCACUUUGCGACAGCAGCUACAGACCACACGUCAAGAACUUUCUCAUGCCUUAUACCAACAUGAUGCUGCUUGUCGUGUCAUAGCACGUCUUACCAAAGAGGUAACAGCUGCCCGUGAAGCUCUUGCUACACUCAAACCUCAGGCUGGUAUUUCUGUACUCCAGGCCAUUCCUACACCACAAGCUGGAGCAGCGGGUUCUGUCGAAGCAAUGGAACUUGGAGAACUCGUAGGAAUGUCAGCAGAAAUUAUACAGAAGCUCCAAGACAAAGCAACUGUGCUUACCACUGAACGUAAGAAGCGUGGCAAAACUGUUCCAGAAGAUCUGGUAAAACCAGAAGAACUCAGCAAGUAUCACCAAGUUUCCUCCCACGUGGGGCUCCACAGUGCCAGCGUUCCUGGAAUUUUGGCUUUGGAUUUAUGUUCAACAGACACAAAUAAAACUCUGACUGGUGGUGCGGACAAGAGUGUGGUGGUGUUCGAUUCCCAGUCUCAGCAGAUCCUUGCAACUCUGAAAGGGCACACCAAGAAAGUCACUAGUGUUGUGUUCCAUCCCUCACAGGAUCUCGUAUUUUCUGCGUCUCCUGAUUGUUCAAUACGUGUUUGGUCAGUGCCAGAGGCCUCCUGCGUUCAGGUUUUGAGAGCUCACGAGGGAGCCGUGACUGGACUAAGUCUUCAUGCAACUGGGGAUUAUUUGUUGAGUUGCUCUGAUGACCAGUAUUGGGCCUUUUCUGAUAUCCAUGCAGGACGUGUCCUUACCAAAGUCACAGAUGAAACAUCAGGUUGUGCUCUAACCUGUGCUCAGUUUCAUCCCGAUGGGCUUAUUUUUGGUACUGGAACAAUGGACUCUCAGAUUAAGAUUUGGGAUCUUAAGGAACGCUCCAAUGUUGCAAAUUUUCCUGGCCAUUCUGGUCCUAUAUCAUGUGUGGCUUUUUCUGAAAAUGGGUAUUAUUUGGCAACUGCUGCUGAUGAUUCCAGUGUCAAACUGUGGGACUUGCGAAAACUAAAGAACUUCAAGACUCUUCAACUGGAAGAAGGUUACCAGGUUCGAUCUCUUGUGUUUGAUCAGAGUGGUACUUAUCUUGCUGUUGGAGGCACUGAUAUACAGGUUUAUAUCUGCAAGCAGUGGGCGGAAGUUUUGCAUUUCACAGAUCACAGCGCACUUACCACAGGCUUGGCAUUUGGUCAGAAUGCCAAGUUCCUAGCUUCAGCAGGAAUGGAUCGUAGUCUGCGAUUUUACAGCCUUUGAUCUGGCAAACCAUGAAUAUGCUGCAUGAGGGCCCCUCUUGUGACAAAGUUCAUUUUACAUGCUUAUAACGUUUAACACUUUUGUGCAUGUGUACAAAACCUAUUUGUAAUUACUGUGAAGUAUUGGGGAAAAUGGCAGCAAUGCAAUUCGUACUUUUUUUAUUUUUUUCUGUAAAUUUGUAGAAUUUUAGUUGGUCAUUGGGCUUACAGCUUUUCUUUAUUCUCUUACAAGUAAUUCCACCGAAGAUUUCUGCAGAUUUCUUUGGAACAUUUACCAUUUUACUGUUGACCUUUAACACCAUAUGUAGUUUCCACUUCUUUCUUUUUUUCUUUUUUUUUUUUUUUUAACUCUUUAUGUUGCUUUCUGUCUAGUUUGUAAUGUUUUCUUAAAUCCUUAAAAAAAUAAUAAAAUAUGCAUUAAUGCUUACAUUUCUCUAAA